AUGCAGCAUCCGUACCAGUGUAUUGCCGCAUUACAGAGUGCAGGUGGCGAAUACAGCCAACUCGUGGUGGCCUGUGGCUCACAGUUAAGUGUUGUUGAUGCAGCGAAUGGUAAAGUGCUUUCGACAUGGUCUGCUGGCGAAGAUACGCAAGCAGCACCACAACGAGAAGACGCUGAAGAUGAGCGACCAAAGAAGAAACAAAAGACAAACAAGGUCAUGGUACAGAAUCGGCCUGUGGUUAUCAAGCUUGCCAUAUCUCCAGACAAUGAAUACGUCGUAGCAGUCACCGACGACAAGCACGUCCGAGUCUUCAGUAUUGCAGGAGGCCAGCUACAAGAGCUCAGCCAGCGAUCUAUGCCGAAGCGACCAUGUGCUCUCGAAGUGCUACCUGACAAUACGACUAUCAUCUGCGGCGACAAAUUCGGCGACGUGUACUCGUUGCCUCUCAUACCAUCCGAGCCCGCAGAACCAGAUGUGACCACAGGAGCAACAGAAGAACCUACACCGGAUCCAGAGAAGCCAUCAUUCAAGCCCUCGGCAACCAAUCUGACCGUACAUACCGUACGGAAUCGCAAAACGCUAGAAGCGCAAAUGCAGCAGAAGAAAUUCUCGACCAAGAAAGAACCCCUCAAAUUCGAACACCAACUACUGCUCGGCCAUGUCUCAAUGCUAACAGACAUCAUCUUCGCCACACACAGAGCUGACGUCAAAGGUCGAGGGUACAUCAUCACGGCCGAUCGAGAUGAACAUAUACGGGUCUCGCGCGGGCCACCGCAGGCUCAUAUCAUCGAGAACUUCUGUCUAGGCCAUAAGGAGUUCAUUAGCAAGUUAUGUCUUAUCGCUGGCACCAAGUACCUUGUCAGCGGUGGUGGUGACGACUGGCUUGGUGUUUGGGACUGGCAUGCUGGAAGGCUUCAUCGGAAAGUGCCUCUUAACAAUGAUUGUCUGCCUAGUAUUUCUGGCAUACCUGAUGGCUCUGGUAGUGAUGUGGCGCCUAAUAAUGCCGCACUGAAGAUUGUGGUGUCUGGUCUAUGGACGGUGCCGUGUGUUACCGAUACUGGAGCAGGAACCGCGCUUGCCAUUGCUUUGGAGCGAUAUGCUGGACUACUGGUCGUGCCGACAGAGCGCCUUCGUCUCAAGAGUGACGGAGAGUCCGUUCUCACGCACAUCCCCCUAGAUCAUCCUGUCCUGGACGUUGCUAGUGUCGGUGAUAGCAUGGUUUUGUCGCUCGACGCGCGCGAGACUGGCCAGAGUCGUUUGCAGGCGUUCCGGCUGCAUUGUGAAGAUGGCGCUGGUGCGAAUUGGAAUGUGCAUAGCGAACAAAAGCACAACUUGGAGACGAGACUGAAGUGCUUGGGUGAUGCAGCAGAAGAGGCGACGGUUGACGCCAAGCUACUCGACGACUUGCUAUACAACGUCGGUAGUCUUCGAAAGCGCAGAGGUUGGGCAGAAGCAGGCGAUGGAGAUGGUGAAGCCGCAGAAGAGAACGCAGAAGUCGAGGAGCAUGACGGUGUGAUUGGAGAUGGUGAAACGGACGCUCAUGAGCUCGAAGCCUUCCUGCCACCAGAGCCACGUCCGGAGCUCAUACCAGGACAAGUCAAAAGCAAAGCCCUCACCAUGAACUCCUGCCUCGCCAUCGCAGUGAACAUAGGAUCAGCCGCCGGCCUCGUCUUCGUCAAUAAACUCAUCUUCUCCGACACCAACCUCCGACACGCACUAGUCACGUUCGCAGCUAUCCACUUCGCCAUCACAGCGCUAGCACUCUACUCCGUCUCACUACCACCACUCCACCUCUUUGAGCGCAAGGCCCUCAGUGUUCUCAAGAUCCUACCGUUGGCAGUAGCCAUGAUAGCUGCCGUUGUGCUUACGAAUGCCAGUUUGGCGUACUCGAGUAUCCAUUUCUACCAGAUCGCGCGAGUCCUGGUGACGCCUAUAGUCGCGGACAUGGAGUUCAUCAUCUUGAAGAAGAGGAUACCAGUGCUUGCAGCUGUGACGUUGAUACCGGUUUGUGCUGGUGUGGGAGUGGUGUCGUACUUCGAUACUGCCGCAACUGCGGAUGUCGACGGGGUGUCCACGGAUGGUAGUCGGACGUCGCUGUUGGGGAUCUGCUUCGCGCUCAUCAGUCUGGUGGCAAGCGCGACGUACACGGUCAUGAUCAAGAAGUAUCAUGACUCCACCGGCUGCGGCAGUGCACAGCUAUUGCUGAACCAAUCGCCUGUCAGUGUGCUGGUCAUGCUCUACAUCAUCCCCAUCUCCGACGACAUUACCGUGUGGCGAAGUGUCGGGGUUUCGAUCUGGGCUAUUAUACUGCUAAGUGGUUUCCUAGCCUGUGGCCUCCACAUCACGCAAUUCCAGAUCGUCGACGGAGCGGGUCCAGUGGCUAGUACAGUCGUUGGACAUGCCAAAAUUUGCUUGAUCAUUGCUAUAGGAUGGAUUCACAGUCGACGGUCUUUACAGGAUGGCAGUAUGGUCGGUAUACUCCUUGCGCUUGGUGGGAUCAUCGCGUACUCGAUAGUGACGAUGCGAGCCAGCCGCUGA